AUGGAUCUCACUCCAAUAUCAGUUUGCAAAGGUGAUAGCUCGACAGGCGUCUUCUGGGACUUAGAAGAUUACCCAAUCCCUGACCACCUCGAUCCGGCUACGGUUGUUAAGAAUAUCAAAUUAGCUCUGAAAAAUAAUGGUUAUGCUGGUAACGUGUUUGUGUGGGCUUAUUUGCCUGGCGGUAAAACCUUCUCCAAGCAUUCCGUGCAGGAAUAUAGAGACGCUGGAAUCACCACCAUCUCUGUCAUGGAGGAGAAAUUUGAAAGACUACGUAGGAUAACAGCGGACUUCCAUAUGUGGUCUGCGGACAAUUGUCGCCAUUGUACAAUGGAUCCAAGCCUUUUGGUAAUCACAAAAGACAUGGUCGGUAAGACGACCUCCUUCCUCGAUUUCCUCGAGAUUUUGGCAUCAUGUUAUUACCAUAUUUUAUUUGCAAUGCCUGAUGACGAUGAUAAUACCACUGAGCAACCUUCUUGGGUCAAGUUGCAUUAUCCUUGGAGAUUCCUCUCAGGAGGAGGAUCUACCGACGAAACCGAAAGCUCACAAAGUGUUGGUGAUAAGAGGAAGAUGAGGGAGGAAGAGCAGAGCACUACUGCUGGACAAUCGAUCUGA